UUUUUUGACGUGUACACACGUUCGAGCGGUGUUUGUUGUGGUUUUUAAAAGGAAAAAUAUCGUAAUUUUUCAAUUAUCAAAUUGGAAACUAUUCGCCUUAUGUGAACUACAAGUGUUAAUACGUAUAAUAAAUUUUGUGUCGUAGCAACUAUGCGUAAGACGUGAAUGUUGUGUUAAGAUUUCGAACUGGAUAUUCUGUGGUACAGUAUUAAGAAUUCAGUGAUGUUUUUUGUUUACUUUCGCGUCCAGUGGUUAGCAAGAACGAAUAUAACUGGAAUAUGGACGAGAUAAACUGUUCAUGACCCUCAAUUUGUUACAAAAACGUUAGUAAAAUAGGUAUUCAAAAUGCGUCUAAAUGUGAAAAAAGCCCUCAUUUUUGUGAGCUGUUUAGUGAUUUUGUGGGUGUUAAUAUCAUAUGCUUCUGUAAUAGAAGUACCACGAUCUGCUCCACAAAGAGAUCCUGCUGUAGAGAUAGAAAAUAAGAUAAUUAAGCUUCAAAAACAAGUUGAUGCUCAGAUGGCUGAGAGUAAAUCUCUUUUGGCGAAAGUAAAUAAAUUAAAAAAGUUAUCAGGAGGUGAAAAUGUUGGUGAAGAUAAUAGUCUCAAAGAUGCAGAAGUCAUGCAGCAUCUUUCUCAACCAAUCCUACCGGUACUAGUGAUAGCGUGCGACAGGGUGACGGUACAGCGGUGUCUGGACAACCUCGUCAAAUUCAGACCGAGUAAAGAAACCUUCCCUAUUAUUGUUAGCCAGGAUUGCGGCCACAACGCGACCUACGAGGUGAUAACGUCCUACACAGCAUCCGACCCGACGAUAUCGGUCGUGCGACAACCGGACUUGUCGGAGAUCGUCCUGCCGCGCGUCAAAGUGAAGUUUCGAGGCUACUAUAAGAUUGCCAGGCAUUACAAGUUCGCGCUGAACCACGUGUUCGAGACUCUGGGACAUGAAGCUGUUAUUAUUGUCGAAGAUGACCUGGACAUAUCUCCAGACUUCUUCGAAUAUUUCCUCGGCACUUAUCCUCUUCUGCUCAAAGAUCCAUCGUUGUGGUGUAUAUCAGCAUGGAACGACAACGGCAAGCUGGAAGUGAUAGACAUGUCUCGUCCUGAUUUGUUGCAUCGCACCGACUUCUUCCCCGGCCUCGGUUGGGUGCUGCGGAAGGAGAUGUGGCAAAAACUGGCUCCAAAAUGGCCGACUGCUUUCUUCGACGACUGGCUGCGGAACCCAGUGAAUAUAGAUGGUAAGGCCUGUAUCAGGCCUGAGAUAUCCAGGACAUAUUCUUUUGGAAAGGUGGGUGUAAGUAAAGGUCUGUUCUUCGACCUCCACCUCAGGAACAUACAGCUCAACAUGGAAUAUGUGGAGUUCACCAAACUCAACCUUACGUACUUGCUCAAGGAUCACUACGAUGACACUCUAGCAUCGACAGUAUACAACCUGCCCGAGAUGUCUGCAAGUGAAGUAGUGGCCAGCUCGGACCUGAGUUCGGAUCCCGUGCGGGUCAUGUACAGCAACGCCAAAACAUACCAACGCGCCGCCAAGAAACUGGGACUCAUGGAUGAUUUUAGGAGUGGAGUCCCUCGCACAGCCUACAGAGGAAUAGUGACGUGUUUCAUAAGAGGACGUCGAGUAUAUCUCGCGCCCUCCUUCGAGUGGAACAAAUACGACCCCACGUGGGGCUAACGAACACUCCACGUCACUAUCUACACCCCAUAGCAGAGCUAACUAGGUGGUAUGUUAAUAUGAACUUUAAUGCCAUUAAAACAAAAUUGUUUUUGAGUUUGUAAUAUGUAUUGGGGCUAACAAAUACGAGCCCAGAAAGUAAACAGAACUUUAAUAUUGUUUGAAUAAAGUUUAUUUUAGGGUGUCUUAACUAAAAUACAAUUCUUUACAAAAAUAUACAAUAUUUGAGGAGGUUGCCACAUUAGUUUUCUCGUAACUGCUUAAUUACGUCUCUACGUCAGUCGCAACUUCUUAAUCCUGACAAGAUUAUGGACCCCGUCAUUGUCUGAAACUAGUCGAGCACUCCUCGAACGGAAUUCUUUUAAAAAUGGCAACGUAUUUGUAACUCCUCUAAUGUAGUGGGUGUCUAUGGGCAGUGUCGAUUGCUUACCAUCAGGUGAUCCGCCUGCUCGUAUGCCUAUCACAUAAAAAAUGCAAUCUAAUGUUUCUGUCCAUAUAAUUUAUAUGUUUGAAGUAAAUCAUUUAUGGUCAUAAUAUUAUAUCACUAUUGUAAUACCCGGUACGCAAGUAUUUUCACGUAUUUCUAUGGUUAAUGCCAUCAUUUAGAGUUCAAAUGUUUUAACCUCUCGCGCGUCUCGUACACGGGUUUAAUAGAAAGCGAAUGAAAUUAUUCUGUUCAAUCAAAUA